AUGGAAGGUAUUCUACACAAUGGUGUAGUUAUCACAUCUCCAGUGGAAAUCUAUGAUAUAGCCAAGCAAUUUUAUACAGAACAAUUUUCUGAACAUGAAAAUAAUCAAUCUGUGGUGGAAAUCGAAGCUUAUGUAGUUGAUCAAGAACUGGAUAAAGAACUUAAAAAUUUGAUAUUAGAUUGUAUUAGUAUUAAAUUCAUUGAUGUUAAAAAAGCUGUUUUAUUAUUAAAGAACAAGAACUCCAUAGGAUUAGAUGGUGUAUCAAACAGAAUUAUAUAA